AUGCUUGUCCUCUUCGUAGCGCGUACGAGUCUUGAAGAUGAGGGGGAGAGGACACCCACGGUGGGGCUUCUCCGGCACACUCGGCUUCUUUCAGCUAGAGCUCAACAUCGGUUCCGCUCCGUAAGCCCUCCGGCCCGCGAGCUGCGGCGGCAACGCUCGCAGGAGACGCUAGGAAGAUGGGCCGGUGUGGGCAAGAGCAGUUUACUGUUGCGUUUUGCAGACAACACUUUCUCAGGUGUGGGCAAGAGCAGUUUACUGUUGCGUUUUGCAGACAACACUUUCUCAGGCAGCUACAUCACUACAAUCGGGGUGGACUUCAAGAUCCGGACUGUGGAGAUCAACGGGGAGAAGGUGAAGCUGCAGAUCUGGGACACAGCAGGGCAGGAGCGCUUCCGCACCAUCACCUCCACGUAUUACCGGGGGACCCAUGGGGUCAUUGUGGUGUAUGAUGUCACCAGUGCUGAGUCCUUUGUCAACGUCAAGAGGUGGCUUCAUGAAAUCAACCAGAACUGUGAUGAUGUGUGCCGGAUAUUAGUGGGCAAUAAGAAUGAUGACCCUGAGCGGAAGGUGGUGGAGACAGAAGAUGCCUACAAAUUUGCCGGGCAGAUGGGGAUCCAGCUGUUUGAGACCAGCGCCAAGGAGAAUGUCAACGUGGAAGAGAUGUUUAACUGCAUCACGGAGCUGGUCCUCCGAGCAAAGAAGGACAACUUGGCAAAACAGCAGCAGCAGCAACAGAACGACGUGGUGAAGCUCACGAAGAACAGUAAACGAAAGAAACGCUGCUGCUAAUGCGCCCCCCCGCCCCCGUCCACGCAGAGACUGCACUGCGGUCCCUCCCCCAGCCUGAGGCCCGCGGGGGCACUCCUCGGGGGACAGUCUCAGUUUCGUGCCGUUAUUUAAAGAAUUCUCUCCACUUUUUGUAUUGGGAGGCGCCAUCGGCACUUCCUCCCCUUUCCCCUCGAGUGCCAAGACGGUGUUGAACAAGCCUGCCCUUCCCCACUGGUGCCCCCUCCCUGCCAAGGCGCCUGGACCUGGCGAGGAUGCUACCAACCGAGCGAACUGAUUAACCAGAGUUUGUACAUAAUGUAUAUUGCUUUAGCCAGCUGCACACCCUCGUCCCGCUCUGGCUUCUGCCUCCUUAAUGCCAACCUGCUGCCACAGACCCUCCCAGUUCCCCUCCCCACCCUGUCUUACUGCCAGCAGCCUGCCAAGGAGACAGCGUCACAUCCUAGCCGCAGCUUUGGCCAUCCUGGGCAGGUGGAGCAGGCCCUGUGUUGCUCAUUCUCUCCUACAG